AUGAAGAUGCACUUCUGCAUCCCGCUGUCCCAGCAGUGCCCCGACACGCUGGGGGGCCGCUACGUGCUGUAUUCCGUGUACCUGGACGGCUUCCUCUUCUGCAAGGUGCGCUACAGCCAGCUGCACGGAUGGAACGAACAGCUGAGGAGGGUCUUUGGAAAUUGUUUGCCGCCCUUUCCACCAAAAUAUUAUCUGGCAAUGACCACAUCCAUGGCUAAGGAGAGGAGGGACCAGCUGGAGCAAUAUUUGCAAAAUUUGACCAUGGACCCAAACAUAUUGAGAAGUGAUGUCUUCAUUGAGUUUUUAAAACUGGUACAGCUGAACACAUUUAACAUCACUGCCAAGAAAGCAUCUCUGGAUGUACUUCUGCCCAAUGAAAGGAGUAUUAAAGUGGAAAUUCUAACAUCGGACACUGCUGAAAGAGUCCUAGAGGUGGUGUCACACAAAAUUGAACUGUGUCGGGAGCUCUGGGACUACUUCGGCCUCUUUCUCUUUCGGUUUUGCAAGGAAGGCAAGCUCUCUGUGGUGAAAAAAUUGGCGGACUUUGAACUCCCUUAUGUUAGUCUUCGAAGUUCUGAAGUGGAAAACUGUAGAGUUGGACUCCGGAAUUGGUAUCUGGAUCCAGCCCUCGACUCCAUGCUGAUGGGCUGCAGAGCGGCCAUAGAUUUGCUCUAUAUGCAGGCAGUACAGGACAUUGGAAAAGGAUGGGCCAAACCCACACAGGUGCAGAGGGAGAAAUUAGAAGCUCUCCAGAAAGAAGACAAUCGAACAAAGUUUUUGGAGCUGUGCCAGGAGGUACAGCACUACGGGUACAUGCAGCUGGACCCAUGCACCUGCGACUGUCCGGAACCAGGCUGUGGGGCUGUCCUCUCCAUCGGCAACAACGAGAUCAGCUGCUGCAUCACCCUGCCUGGUGACCAGACCCAGGAUGUCGUUUUCCAGAUGAAUGGGGUGAAGUGCUGGCAGGUCACUUUCCUUGGAACUCUGCUGGAUUUGGAUGGGCCCCAGCGAACUCUCAACCAGAACUUGGAGCUCAGAUUUCAAUACAGUGAGGAUAGUCGCUGGCAGUGGUUUGUUAUUUAUACCAAGCAGGCUUUUUUGCUGAGUAGCUGCUUGAAAAAGAUGGUCUCAGAAAAGAUGGUAAAGCUAGCUGCAGAGAAUCCAGAAAUGCAGAUUGAAGUCCCAGAACAAGGCAAAAGUAACAAAUACCGCAUUCAGCCAAGCCAGCAGAAAGACUAUUCUAGUUUUCUGCCAAGAGCAAGCAAGAUUAAGAUGGCUGACGAUGACUGUGUUUUCCAGACCAUAAAGGAAGAAGAUCUUUAA